AUGACAGAGUCGUUGCGUUCUCAAUCUUGCUUCUUUGUUCCAGGCCCCGCGGACCAGCGCGGUAACGUCAUCACCACCCCCAGACGCAGAUGGCGCAAGAAGCCUCUCUUCGUAUACUAUGCGCGACCAAGUCGAAACCGCCAGGGUGUCCGCUACAUGAUGAAAUGGGAGGGGGGUCUUUUCAAGAUGCUGAUGAUAUUUCCUGAAGAUCAAUUGACUUUUUACCCAAGCAAGCCCCCGGAGUGCCAAUUCAGCCCUCCGCUGUUCCAUCCCAACGACUUCCCAAGAGAAACCGUCUGCCUUUCGAUCCUCGAUCCAAAGGAAUCCUGGUCGGAGAUUCUGUCGGUCAAGGAGAUCCUGCUCGGGGUGCAGGAGCUGCUGGAUAACCCGAAUCCCGAUUCGCCGGCGCAGAGCAAGCCAUACCAUAUUUUGAAGAAGGACCCCGCGCGGUAUCGGAAGAAGAUUCGGAAAGUGGUCAAGGAGAACCCGUUCAAUCGUGAUUGAUGUUGUAGGAUGUUGCUCAACGUGGCACGUCGGAUAUUUUACGCAUCUAGUUGACAG